UAAAUAAAUAAAUAAACAAACAUCACCAACCAUCAUCAUCUUAGAUUGUCCAUUUCAAUCACUCUGCUUGCUACGUUGACGUACUAUUUCAAUCACAUUAAUGGCUGGUCGAGGUUCCUUUAACUAUGAUGUGUUCUUCAGCUUCAGAGGUGAAGACACAAGACUUGGUUUUACCGGAAACCUCUACAGUGCUCUGAGUCAAAGAGGGAUCCGUAGUUUCUUUGAUGAUAAAGAGAUUCGAAAAGGAAAAGAAAUAACUCCAUCACUUGUAAAGGCAAUCAAAGAAUCCAAGGUUGCCAUCGUUGUUCUUUCUCAAAACUACGCUUUUUCUUCCUUUUGUUUAGAUGAACUUUCCAUCAUUCUAGAGUGCUGUGAGGAGAACAAGGGUCAGCUUGUUUUACCUAUUUUCUUCAAUAUUGAUCCUUCUGAUGUAAGGCACUGUAGAGGAAAAUAUGGUCAAGCAUUGGAGAAUCUUGAGGAGAGAUUCAAGGGUGACAAGGAGAAACCCAACAAAUGGAGGGUUGCUCUACACAAGGCAUCUAACAUAGCUGGCUUCACUUUCAAAAAUGGGAAUGAAUAUGAAUGUGAUUUCAUUUGGCGUAUCUUCCAGGACGUCUCCCUCAAGAUCAAGCGUAAACUUUUACAUGUUGCGAAUUAUCCAGUUGGAUUGGAGUCUCGAGUGGAUGAAGUAAUCUCGCGUCUGAAGGUUGGCUCUGAUGACGUGGUCCACAUGGUAGGUGUACAUGGAAUUGGGGGAAUUGGUAAAAGUACUAUUGCUCGAGCAGUAUAUAAUUCCAUUAGACACCACUUUGAAGGUUUCUGUUGUUUUCUUGAAAAUGUGCGGGAGAAUUCACACAAAUAUGGCAUAUGUCAUCUCCAACAAAUGGUUCUUUCUGAUAUACUUGGCUACGAGGAUUUUAAGUUGAGAUAUGUUAGCGAUGGGAUGGCAAUGAUAGAGCAAAGGCUCUGCAGUAAAAAGGUUCUUUUGGUUCUCGAUGAUGUCGACAAAAUAGAGCAGUUGCAGGCUAUUGCUGGAGCACCUAACUGGUUUGGUUUGGGUAGCAGAGUAAUCAUUACAACUCGGGACCAUGGGUUACUAAAACAUCAUGAGGUUAAAAGUACAUAUGAGGUGGAGGAGUUGAAUGACAAAGAAGCUCGCGAAUUGCUUUGUUGGAAUGCUUUCAAAACUGACAAAGUUGAUUCAAGAUACAUCGCCAUUUUAAACCGUGCUGUGGGUUAUGCUUCUAGGCUUCCAUUAGCUUUGGAAGUAAUAGGUUCUAACUUGCAUGGACAAAAGGAAGACGUUUGCACACAUACAUUAGAUCGGUACGACCGAUUUCCAGAUAAAAAGAUCAAAGACAUACUUAAAGUCAGCUAUGAUUCCUUGGAUGAAGAUGAGAGGAGUGUUUUUCUUGACAUUGCUUGUUUCUUCAAUGGACAUAAGUUGGCAGAUGUCGAAGAUAUACUCUCGGCUCACUAUCACCUAUCUGUGGAAUAUAGUAUUAAAGAAUUGAUUGGAAAAUCUCUGAUAAAGAUUGACAGUGGUCUUGUAACAUUACAUGACCUGAUACAAAAAAUGGGCAGAGAAAUUGUCCGACUUGAAUCACCACAUGAGCCUGGCAAACGUAGUAGGUUAUGGUUUUGUGAAGAUGUAGUCCAAGUUUUAAAUGAAAAUAAGGGAAGUAGCAAAACUCAUAUCUUAAUUCUGGAUUUUCCAAAAGAUGAAGCGCACAUGAAAGGACCGAAAAGCGAAGAAGUAAAUUGGGAUGGAGAGGCCUUCAAGGAUAUGAAAAACCUCAAAACACUUAUUAUUAGAAAUGGUAGUUUCUCCAGCGGCCCCACACAUCUUCCAAAUAGCUUAAGAGUUUUGAAAUGGCAAGGAUAUCCUUUACUGUCUUUACCAUGUUAUUUCCAUCCAAAGAAACUUUCCAUACUUGAGUUACCUGAUAGCUGCUUAAAGCCAUGCGAACCAAUCCAGGCAUUUUCACAUUUGACAAUUUUGGAUUUUAGCAACAGUGAAUCUGUAACUGAGAUACCUGAUGUAUCUGGUGUCCGAAACUUAGAAAAAUUGUCAUUUAGAUGUUGUGAGAUUUUAACUAAAGUUCAUGACUCGGUUGGACGUCUGGGAAAACUUAAGAUAUUGGAUGCUUCUGGUUGCAAGAAUCUAAAGAAUUUUCCACCCAUCAUAUUGACCUCUCUUGAACAACUCAAUCUUUCACAUUGUUCAAUUCUUGAGAGUUUCCCUGAAAUAUUGGGGAAGAUGGAAAAAAUAACAGAAAUUCAAAUAAGGGGGAGUCCUAUAAAAGAAUAUCCAUUUUCGAUUCAAAACCUUAUUCGGCUUCGAAAAUUGGAACUGCAAAUGUGUGGAAUGGUUCAGUUACCUAGUAGCAUUUUUAUGUUGCCUGAACUAAGUUUGAUGCAUGUUUCAAAAUGUGAAGGGUUGGCCUUAUCUGAACAAGACAAAGGUAAUAAAAUGGUGCUCAAGUCUUCAAACGUGGAUCAUCUUGUCCUCUCAAACUGCAAUAUAUCCAAUGAUUUUCUUCCAAUAGGUCUUAGCUUUUUUUUCAAUGUGAAAGAGUUAAACCUAUCAGGGAAUAAUUUCAUAACUCUUCAUGCGUGGAUCAAAGAGUGUCAUCUUCUGAGGAACCUUAAGAUGGACGAUUGCAGUCUUCUUCGAGAAAUUAGAGGGAUUCCAAGGAAUAUAGAAAAAAUUUCCGUGAAAGGGUGCAUAUCCUUGAGAUUCUUAGACCUCACAGUUCUACCUGAAUGUAAUGCAGAAUGUUGCUUUCUAAAGGAACUGAUUUUGGAUGACUGUGCAUGUCUUCGAGAAAUUACAGGGCUUCCACCAAACUUGAAUAGUUUCUCUGCAAAAGGAUGCACUUCCUUGACUUUACAGAGUAUAAGCAUGUUAUGUAAUCAGGAAUGGGUAGAAGCUGGAAACAAAAAGUUAUUUUUUCCGGGGAAAAAAAUUCCAAAGUGGUUCACGCAUCAUACAAGGGGAGGGUCAACGUCUUUCUGGUUUUGUAACAAAUUCCCUGCUAUUUCUCUUUGUCUUGUUAUAGGACGUGGGGAUGAGAAACAUAUCAAGGUCAAGUUUAGCCCUCGAGUAUGCAUCAAUGGCCAUAAACAGUCGCUAGGUUGUCAGAAAAUCUACGAGUUCAUGAUAGCAACUGAUCAUGUGCUUUUGCUACAGUUUGAAGAUAAUGAGGACAUAGUGUUUACAGAUAAUGGGUGGAAUCACGUGGAGGUGUCAUAUGCGGAUCAUAUAACAAACAACGAGGACUCUAUAAGAGAGGUUGCUAAGUUUAGCGGAAUCCAUGUGCUAUAUGAACAAACAUGUGGUCCAAGAGAUGUCCAAUUCCAUCCUCCACAAACAUUGAUAAGUGUGAAUUUUGAUUCAAAUUCAAUGGAGAGACCACGGCAAAGAGUCAAGAUUGUAACAGAGAGACCUCAGAAAAAUCAGGCUAUGGUGUUAUCUUCAUCCAUUCUCACAUUGACCCAACCUCCACCUGCUGAUGCAGAAAAAGGCCUAGCCCGUCAACCAAUACUUCUACCUAUGAGUCCUUUGGAGGAUGUGGUAGGAGAAACUUCAAAAAGUGUUAGAGAGGAUGGAGAAGUUUAUGAUAUUACAAUUCAAAAUGGGAUUGAAAGAUGUCAUGAGAAUGAUGCUGUCCAACUGGAAUCAGUAUCCUCUUCCGAACUUCAUUCUGAAGAGUCCCCUUUCAACACUAGAGGUUCCGACUCAGAUGACCCCUUCGACCGAGUUGGUAGAAAACACUUUAUUAGUGGCCUGGAAGUCAUAUCUCCUGGUGCGAAAUCUGAUGAGUCUUCUUCCAACACUAAAGGGUCACACUCAGAUUAUGUCAUCAACUUAGUUGAUAGAAAAUCCUCUGUUAAUGGCCAUGUAACCUUACCUUCUAGGGCUGAUUCUCUUGGAUCAAUCAAAGAGGCUAUCAAUGCCUUGGAGCUGUUAAUGGUUAAGGACUUAUCUGAAGUCUCUUCUGAUCCUGCUACACAGUUUGGACUUCAUCAGCUAUUGGAUGUAUUGAGUAGAAGGACUGUUGAGGUACAAGAGGCUCUUGCAGAGUUCAAAAGAAAGGCAGUGACAUCUUGCCAAGAAUUCCAAUCAACUGUUGAGUCUGUGAACAAACUGAAGAGUAAUGAAAAGCAUCUAGAAAGAAUUCAGCAGGAGACUAUCACAAGUAAGGAUCGACGGAAUGAUCUCAAAAACUCAAUAAAAGAGAUUUCUUUGGUCAUCAAGGCUGAAAAUAAGAGGAAGAAGGAGCUAGAGGCAGAAAUUGAUAGUUUGAAAGAACAACUAGAUGCCAAAGGAAGAGACCUUGAACAACUUUUGUUGAAUCUCAAGAAUAAGGAAGCAACACUCUCAGCAUAUUCAACCAAUUGUGCUUCUCUGAACGAUCAAGCUCAAAAGCUAUUAGAAGAAGCUGAUGUUCUACUUGCUGCUAAAGACGAGGGUGAAGCUGCCGAAGUAAAACAGAAUAGGCUCAAGUCAACCUGGUCCUCUGACAUAACUCUGCAGAUUAGUAAAAUCAAGCAUAACAUUUUUGGGUCAGUUCACAAUGAAUGUUGAUCUCUAAUAUAACCUAAGAAUAGGAACUAAUCUUUCUUUCUUCUCACUGCGUUAUCAAGAAGGAUCAGGGAAGUCCCGGCACUGAAUUUUUGGGAAUAAGGAAACCAUUUUUAUUUAAUCAAUUCAUAAAUUCUCUUCAUUUUCAACCCGAGCAGUUCGAGGUGCAUGUAAAAUUCAAAUCAUUUUAAAAGAAUAUAUAAUCUCUUGGUAUCUACAGUUUAUCAAACUUUUAAUUGAGUAUUGAUUUUUUACAAAAUUUAGGAUA